CCAAAUAUCAUCUUCGAAGAAAAUGGAAAGCCAAUUACUCCUCGGCCUUGCCUUGGCUUUCCUCUUCUUUUCUGGAGCUCACUCAACCACAUUCACAAUCAAAAACAGGUGCCGCCACACAAUAUGGCCAGCAACCCUAACAGGCGCCGGGCCUCAAUUAUCAUCAACUGGUUUUGAGCUAGCUUCGGGGGCUUCAAAAACCCUUAACAUUCCUUCUGGGUGGUCAGGCCGAGUAUGGGCUCGAUCCCGUUGCCACAUUGUUAAGGGCAAGUUCAUUUGUGGCACAGCCGACUGUGCCUCUGGCCAGGUCUCAUGCAAUGGUGCUGGUGCAAUUCCACCAGCUUCAUUAGUAGAGUUUACCUUAUCAGGUUAUAAUGGACAAGACUUCUACGAUGUUAGCCUCGUCGACGGGUUCAACUUGCCUGUAUCGAUAACCCCACUAGGCGGUUCAGCCAGUUGUAAAAGAACGAGCUGCAGAGGCAAUAUAAACCGGGUCUGCCCUCCGGCGAUGGCGGUGAGAGGACAUCGUGGGAAAGUGAUUGCUUGCAAGAGCCCGUGUCUGGCUUUCAAUCAGCCACAAUAUUGUUGCACUGGUAAUUAUGGUACCCCAGAUAAAUGUCCUCCUACUAACUAUUCUAAGAUUUUCAAGCAUCAGUGCCCUCAAGCAUACAGCUAUGCCUAUGAUGACAAAACUAGCACAUUUACUUGCACUGGUGGAGCUAAUUAUCUUAUUACAUUCUGUGCAUAAGCUACAGACUAAAGCU